AUGUCUUUCCAAAACGUCGUUUCUCAACAAGCCGUACCUGAAAAUGCUACCAAGAAUCAUAGCAAACGCGAUUCCGGUUUCGCCGAAUUCUUUGAAUCCGUUAUUGAUCUUUGUGCGAACAAAUUUUAUCAAGAAGAAACUUGCAGCAAUGAAUCUGGAAACAUUCCAUAUUAUAACUAUCUUGGAAAUACGCUCAUCUCUAAAAGAAUUAUCCACAAAAACCAACCAGAAGAUCAGAUUAUUAGCCCUCUCGAAGAAAGUUUUAAACCAGUCUCACAAGCAUCCGAAAUCAAUAUUUUUAAGAAAGAACAAGGAAUUUUUCUUUAUUGGCAUACUUGGACCACUGAUAAGAGCAGACGAUUAAGUCAAAGAAAAAAGUUAAAGCAAGUAAAGCAAAACGAACAGAAAGUAGUUAAAAAAGAGAACUUUAUAAUGCAGAUUGUUGUGCGACACGAAGAUCGAAUUUUGAAGACUAGAGAAUCAAUUCAAUUGAUUCAAAAGAAAUUAGAUGAAUUUCGAGAAGAGUCAAAGAAGAACGCCGAACAAAUAGAGAGCUUAAUGGGUCGAAUUAAAUUGUAA